ACCUGAUCGGAUUAAACUCGGAUCUUCUGCUUUCGCAAGAAACUUUAACUUCAACCACAAGAAUGAAGGUUGUGGGACCAACAUGCGCUCUGAAGAGCAAGGUCGGGGGUGAGGACGUGGUCCGAUGCCUGUCUGACCAGAGCCUGGGCAUCUCCAAGUGCAAGCUUCCUCUUCUGGAUGAACACGUGAGCGUGUUCCUCCUGCAGGACAUGAACAGCUGCUACAGCAAGCUGAAGGAACUUGUGCCAACCCUGCCUGCCAACAAGAAGGCCAGCAAGGUGGAGAUCCUUCAGCAUGUCAUUGACUACAUCUGGGAUCUUCAGGUGGAGCUGAACGAGCCUGGCAGGAAGAACUCCACACCAAGAAACCCUCUCACCACCCUCAAUGCAGAGCUGGCCAGCAUUUCUGUCGAGAAUGGCUGCUGUUAAGACUCGUCAUCCAAAGGACAUCUUCAAACCAGCAUCAUCAGGGCUGUUUGACCCAAGAUGCCUACCGAGUUUGAUCCAGUGCCCAAAAAGACUUGGAUAACUCCACGAGGACAUUCCUCUGUUUUUGAAACCAUGACGAUCCAUGAUGAUCAUACGAACACAUUUGAGGUGCCAACUGGAUUCAACCCAGCUGCUGUGGAAUCUACAGCAUGUUAACACCCAGAAUUAGUUUUCAUUCCCGUGUUUUUAAAGUUUCUCUACUUUAUACGCCUUGCAAGAAUUGAUUAUUGCAUUAAGCUGUAAAGCUUUGAUUUCUCAGAUUGCUGAGUGAAAUGAUGUAUUGUAUAUUACAAUGACAUGUCUUAUUGUUUUUGACAAUGUAUGAUGUUUUUAUUAAAACAAGACUAAAAACUUUA